GCCAACAUAAUUAUAUUGGCUAAGUCUUCCAUACAAAAUCAGCUAAUAACUUAAUUUGCUGGUCGAAUAAAAAACGCCUAUGGAGAAAAGCAAAAGAAAAGUUUGGACAGAGAGCGAGACGCUCCUAUUCCUGAAGUGUUACAAAGAGAGGAAGGAUGAGUUCAUGCAUGUGCGCAAGAAAAAGUUCGCCUAUGAAAACGUCUUGAAGGACAUGAUAUUUCAAGGAUUUACGGAUACAACGGUGAAUGUGGCUGCCCUUGUAGCAAAAAUGCGAACGCUUUUCAACGCGUAUAAAACAGCGAAAGAUAAUGAGAAGCAGACUGGAACAAUGCCAUACAUGUCGGAAAUGGACGAAAUUUUCGGCGAAAGCUGCUUGGUGUCCAACAACCACACAAUAAACAUAGGAACAGAUCGUCAAGAGGCAUUGAUUGCGUCAAGUGAGGAUACAACGGUGAAUGCGGCUGACCUUGUAGCAAAACUGCGAACGCUUUUGAACGCGUAUGAAACAGCGGAAGAUAAUGAGAAGCAGACUGGAACAAUACCAUACAAGUCGGAAAUGGACGACAUUUUUGGCGAAAGUUGCUUAGUGUCCAACAACCACACCAUAAACAUUGUAACAGAUCCUCAAGCGACCUUGAUUGAGUCAAGUGUAAAUCAGUGCUUAAAAAAGUCAACUGAUUUUGAAGAAAUGCUCGACGAUAUGCAAAGUACCUCUAGGCAGAGUCGGUCUGCACUAAAUCGUAGCAUGUGCACACCAACUGAAGUGUAUCCACAAGAGCCGAACGCAGCAAAUGCUACUCCAUAUGCCCAUUAUCAGAAAAGCGCUAGAGAACGAUAUUUUGAACAAAAAAUCGAACUAAAAAGAAAAAGAGUAGAAGAAAGGUCGAAGUUCUACGCGAAUAUACAAACUAAGAUACAGGAUUUGGUGGAAAAACAAGAUCUUCAGAUGGAAAUUGAACAAAAAAAACUAAAAAUAAAAGAAGAAAAACUAAAAAUAGAAGAAGAAAAACUAAAACUUCUGCAGCAGUUUGUUAUGAAUAAAAGAUAGCAAAAUUAGUUGAUUUCAUAACGAA